AUGUCCCGCCAGGCCCCCCUCGUUAUUGAUAAUGGUACCGGCUACACCAAGAUGGGUUUCGCCGGUAACUCGGAGCCUUCGUUCGUUUUCCCUACAGUCAUAGCCACUCACCAAUCAGCUGGUGGUGGUGGGUCAUCUUCAGGGGGAGGUGGCCGUGCCCCUCCGCCCGUGGCUGGCAAGCCAUCGCAUCUCGCGAGUAAGAGGGGCAUCGAGGACUUGGACUUUUUCAUCGGCGAUGAGGCUGUUGCCAACUCCAAGACUUACUCUCUCCACUACCCGAUUCGACACGGUAUGAUUGAGAACUGGGAUCACAUGGAACGAUUAUGGGAGCAGUCUAUCUUCAAGUACCUUCGUGCCGAGCCCGAGGACCAUUACGUCUGCUUGACCGAGCCCCCUCUCAAUCCUCCCGAGAACCGUGAAAACACUGCUGAAAUCAUGUUUGAAUCUUUCAACGUGCAGGGAUUGUACAUUGCUGUCCAGGCUGUUCUUGCCCUUGCGGCGUCCUGGACUUCGUCCAAGGUCACUGAGCGAACACUUACAGGUGUCGUCAUUGACUCUGGAGACGGUGUCACCCACACGAUCCCUGUCGCCGAAGGCUAUGUCAUUGGUUCCUCUAUCAAACACAUUCCCAUCGCCGGUCGCGACAUCACAUACUUUGUCCAGAACCUCCUCCGAGACCGUGGCGAAUCUGCCGUUAUUCCCCCUGAAGACCAACUCCGAGUCGCCGAGAAGAUCAAGGAAGACUAUACCUAUGUCUGCCAAGACAUCGUCAAAGAGUUCAAAAAGUACGACGGGGACCCCUACAAGUACUUUGCGCGAUUCGCCGGGGAGCACAGUGUGACAGGGCGCAAGUACGAUGUGGAUGUUGGUUACGAGCGAUUCCUUGCCCCCGAAAUCUUCUUCAAUCCCGAAAUUUACUCGUCCGACUUUUUGACGCCUCUGCCAGAGGUGGUCGAUCAAGUUGUGCAGACGUCGCCGAUGGAUGUAAGGAGAGGACUGUACAAGAACAUUGUGUUGUCGGGUGGCUCGACAAUGUUUAAGGAUUUCGGCAAGAGAUUGCAGAGAGAUGUCAAGGCGAUUGUUGAUGGCAGAAUUGCGGGAAGCGAACAGGCAUCUGGUAGCCAUCUCAAGUCAACCGGUGUCGACGUCAACGUUAUCUCCCACAAGAGACAGAGGUAUGCGGUGUGGUACGGCGGUAGUUUGAUGGCUUCUACUCCCGAGUUCUUCAACGUCAGUCAUAGUCGAGAAGACUACCAAGAGUACGGUCCAUCUCUUGUCCGCAGGUUCUCCGUCUUUGGCAGUGCCUCAUAG